AUGACUUACACAAGUGAUACCUUGCCGAGCUUCUCUGGACAAACCAUCGACAAUGGCCGCUACCUCUUGCUCGAUGCUAUUGGCUCGGGCGCGUAUGGUGUCGUUUACCGUGCGUUGGACACGAAGUCAGACACUCUCAACCCCUCAUACUAUGCUGUUAAAUGUUUAUCCAAGACGGAGCUCAGUACCGAUCAGAUGUUAUCCCAGAGACGGGAGAUACAUCUCCUUCAGAUGAUUUCUGGCUCACCCCACACCAUUGUCCUUCAUACUGUCGUCGAGGAAGAGAUUUAUCUAUAUCUCAUCAUGGAAUUCAGCUCUGGAGGCGAUUUAUACCUUGCUAUCAAGGCUAAAGUCUAUUUCCACAACGACGACUUAUUGAAGACUGCUAUUCUUCAACUUCUCGAUGGAGUGGAUUCAUGCCAUAACAAAGGAGUUUAUCAUCGCGACCUCAAGCCAGAAAACGUCGUUUGCAAUGAAGAAGGGUCAGACCUUCGAAUCAUCGACUUUGGUCUUGCGACAAAGAAUCGCCUUUGCCAUGAUCGUGGGUGCGGGAGUUCGCAAUAUAUGAGUCCUGAAUGUAUAGGCAGAGGAAGCACGGCACAUUUGUAUUCGGCCCUCCACAACGACAUCUGGUCUGUCGGGGUGGUUAUGCUUAACAUGGUGACAGGGCGAAAUCCCUGGAGGAAGGCACAUUUUUCUGACCCGGUUUACUCCGACUUUCUUGCUGAUCAAGAAGGGGCGUUGCGCGAUAUGCUUCCCAUUUCACGAGAGUUUAACGACCUCCUCUGCAAGAUCUUUAGUAUUGAUCCGGCUCGCCGUCCAACUAUUCCCAGUCUGCGACAGAGUAUCGCAGAUAUUGGAACAUUCUACAUGUCCUCAUAUGAACUCGCCGAUGCUUCUGGAGCAAGUCGUCUCGCAGCCGGAAAUAUCUUCCCACAAGUUGAUCUGGACACUUCCACGAGGGAAUCAACCUUGGCAAAGAGCUACUCAGGGUUUCAUACCCAGGCCGCAAUGGAUGCCUUCCUCGCUGGGUGGGAUGGCUUUGAUAGCGAUGAUUCCGAGAUUCUGGAUCUAGCAGAGUGGGGUUCAGUACCGCCUCUCCAUCUCUCUAACGGAAACAGUGGACCGUACUCAUCGGACCCGUUCGUUCUACCAGACCCUGAAGGAGGGGUUUCCACAGGUUCGAGUGAAUUAUCGGUUUCCGGCAGUUUCGGACCUAUCACCCCAGAGACGUACGCGGACACUGCGGUGGGAAGUAUUGAGGACAUUCCCGAGAUGUUUUCGUUGGCAGAGCCGUCCAUCACUUUCGACUUCGCGCCUCCUACCUCUAAAGCACCACCAUCUGAAAGGGCAGUCAGGAAAAAUGUUCCUCGGACUUAGCAGUCGUCAAAUUGACGGA